CAGACCUGUCCAGAACUUCAUAUAUAGGGCACCUCGCACCAAGACCAAGCGUGUGGCAUCCACGCUCCCAUCGCCAUCUCUAUUUGCACCUCCUCCACCUUUUCCCAUCACAUCGAUCGCCCCUUGCACCUCCCUCGGAGCUUCCGUUCCAUUAUCCAUGGCUCCCAACCUCAGCUCUGACGCCCCUAAGUUCCCCACCAAUCCGAAACACGGAAAGGCCGACGUCGAGGCAGCGGCGGCGGUAGUCCACGGAUCGCCGGCCGGUUGCGUCGUCAACGACUACCUGGCCCGCGCGCAGUGGCUCCGCGCCGCCGUCCUGGGCGCCAACGACGGGCUAGUGUCCGUGGCGUCGCUCAUGAUCGGCGUGGGCGCCGUCCACGACGGCGCGCGGGAGAUGCUGGUGUCGGGCCUGGCGGGGCUCGUGGCCGGCGCCUGCAGCAUGGCCGUGGGCGAGUUCGUGUCCGUGUACGCGCAGUACGACAUCCAGGUGGCGCACUCGGAGCGCGGCAGCAGCGACGACGACAGCAGCAGCAGCAGCAGCGAAGUUGGCCGCGGCGGAGGCGGAGACGAGGAAAGGCUGCCGAGCCCAACCAAGGCCGCGGCCGCGUCGGCGCUGGCGUUCGCGGUGGGCGCGGCGCUGCCGCUGCUGUCGGGCGCCUUCGUGCGGCCCUGGGCGAUCAGGGUGGCGGCGGUGUGCGCGGCCAGCAGCCUGGGCCUGGCCGGGUUCGGCGCCGCAGGCGCGUACCUGGGCGGCGCCAGCAUCGUCCGCUCCGGGGUCCGCGUGCUCCUGGGUGGCUGGCUGGCCAUGGCGGUCACGUUCGGGAUCCUCAGGCUGCUCAGCUUGGCGUUCAAGACGCAUGUCGCGUCCGCAUAAAUCACAUGUGUCCACUGUAUUUGAUUACUUAGUAAACAAUAAAUGAUCGGUAUA